GUAGCAAUUGUUCAAUCGAUAAAUUUGGAAACGACUGCAUCGAAUGUAAAUCUGUCUUUAACACGGAUAUUUGCGAGGAAACGCUGACCUGUGUAGAGACAAACAAAUGCUACUGUCAACCGGGAUACUAUGGAAAACAUUGCAAACCAAAAUGCGACAACCUGAAGGCAAACGUAUUUGGAUCGAAUUGUAAUGAGAAAUGUGGUAACUGCAAAAAUAAGGCGCAAUGUCAUCAUAUUACUGGAAACUGUCCGAACGGAUGUGAAAUGUAUUUCGUAGAGCCAUUCUGCAAUGAGACUAAUUUACCAUAUUUAAAAGAAACCCCUGUUGCUGAAACACCUUGUUACACUACAUGUAAUAUAAAAUUUAAUCCGGAGAAGUAUGUAGGACGCAACAGUCCAGAUUCAUACAAGGUGGAA